CGUCCUCCCCACACAGAGCUACUCUACUUCUGGUCUGCUCAGUGUGACAUCCCUGCCUGCCUGAGAAAUGAUGUAAAGGGAUUGCAAUUGAAGACAAGUGACACCACCAGUCACAAGCCUCUGAAAGUACUAGAUCUGCGCAGGACCCAAGCCAAAGCAAUGGCAUUAUCGCUGGAAGAAUUUGUCCACUCGCUUGACCUCAGGACCCUCCCCAGGGUUCUCGAAAUCCAGUCAGGCAUCUAUUUUGAAGGCUCAAUUUAUGAAAUGUUUGGAAAUGAAUGCUGUUUGUCAACAGGAGAAGUGAUUAAAAUUAUUGGUCUCAAAAUUAAGAAGAUCAUAGCUGAAAUUUGUGAACACAUUGAAGGUUGUCAAUCUUCACAACCAUUUGAGCUGCCUAUGAAUUUUCCAGGUCUUUUUAAGAUUGUGGCUGAUAAAACUCCAUACCUUACUAUGGAAGAAAUUACAAGAACCAUUCAUAUUGGACCAAGUAGACUAGGACAUCCUUGCUUCUACCAUCAGAAGGAUAUAAAACUAGAGAAUUUCAUAAUAAAGCAGGGAGAACAAAUCAUGCUCAAUUCAGUUGAAGAGAUCAAUGGAGAAAUGAUGGUGAACUGUGGAGUAAUCCGGAAUCAUCAAAAUCACUCAUUUACUUUGUCUUUCUCACAAGAAGGAGAAUUCUAUGAGUGUGAAGAUGAACAUAUCUAUACCCUAAAGGAGAUUGUUGAAUGGAAGAUCCCCAAGAACAGAACACGAACUGUGAAACUUACUGAUUUUUCAAAUAAGUGGGAUACAACAAAUCCAUUCCCAAAAGGCUUUUAUGGCUCUCUGAUUCUCAAGCCUGUUUAUGAAAUUCAAGGUGUGAUGAAAUUCCGAAAGGAUAUAGUCCGCAUCCUCCCCAGUUUAGAUGUUGAAGUCAAAGACAUUACUGAUUGUUAUGAUGCUAACUGGUUUCUUCAGCUGUUAUCUUCAGAAGAUCUUUUUGAAAUGACCAGUAAAGAGUUCCCCAUAGUGGCCGAAGUCAUAGAAGGACCUCAAGGAAAGCAGCUGCCCAGAAAUGUUUUACAACCUGGAAAAACCAUUGUGAUCCACAAAAAGUACCAGGCAUCGAGGAUCUUAGCUUCGGAAAUUAGAAGCAAUUUUCCUAAAAGACAUUUCUUGAUCCCCACCAGCUAUAAAGGCAAAUUUAAGCGGCGACCUCGGGAGUUCCCAACUGCCUAUGACCUAGAGAUAGCUAAGAGUGAAAAAGAGCCUCUCCAUGUGGUAGCCACCAAAGCCUUUCAUCCCCCUUAUGACGAGCUGUCAUCCGUAUCAGUCGGGGACCAGUUCCUAGUGCAUCACUCACAGACUACUGAAGUCCUCUGUCAGGGAACAAAAAAAGUGGUGAAUGUUCUGGCCUGUGAAAAAAUCCUCAAAAAGUCCUAUGAGGCAGCACUGCUGCCUUUGUACAUGGAAGGAGGUUUUGUAGAAGUGAUUCAUGAUAAGAAACAGUACCAGGUUUCCGAGCUCUGUACACAGUUCCGCUUGCCCUUCAACGUGAAGGUGUCUGUGAGAGAUCUUUCUAUUGAAGAGGACAUUUUGGCUGCUACACCAGGACUGCGGUUGGAGGAAGAUAUCACAGACUCUUAUCUACUCAUAAGUGACUUUGCCAAUCCCAGGGAGUGCUGGGAAAUUCCUAUCGGCCGCUGGACUAUGACCGUUCAGUUAGUUAGUAAUUUGUUUAGGGACACAGAAUCGUUUCUAGUCAGGACUCUGGUAGAAGAGAUCACCGAAGAACAAUAUUACAUGAUGCGAAGAUAUGAAAGCUCUUUCUUGCAUCCCCCACCCCGCCCUCCUAAACAUCCCUCAGCGGUGGAAACAAAGUCAACUCUGCUCACCCAAACAGAAAAGAGGACAAUGGAUCUGCCUAAAUCUCCCAAGAGUCACCGUGUAGACGUAUCUAAGAAACCACACUCAAAUCAAGCUGGCCUAGAUUCAAAAGUACCAGUUGGUUGUCAGAAUGAUUUGGCCAACCUGGGGAGAGAGAGGAGCAAGAGUGGCGCAACUGCAAAAGCAGACACCAGUGUGACUACCGAAAUCUCCCAAAAUGAAAAACAUCAAAAAUAACGAGAUGUGACUGAAGCCACUUGGGCAGUGAACAUAAAUGUUGGGAUGGAAAAGUAAACACUGCCUUCUAGCUGAAAAACAACUAUUCCUCAAUGGACCCAGAAGAAACUCGACUCGUCAAUGUCAAUGAGAAAACAAUUUUAAAGGUUUUAACAGGAUAAAACUUAAAGAGAAAUCUAUAAGAUUCCCAUACUUUGUUCUGUUGUGCCAAUAUCUGUAUGCAUAGUUUCAUUGUUAUUUAGGACUUAUUUAUUUAAUGUGAACUUUUUUUUUCUCUUUGUGGUUCUUAAUUCCACUACCAACAGCUAAGCAAUCAAAAAUUAAUUUUAUUAUUCAGUUUCAGAGUAAAAUUAGCCCAAUAUUUUCUUUUUUUUUCAGAAAUUGUUUUGCAGUUUUUCUAGUGUUAUCAUCAUUACUAUUAAGAAGAACUUAAAAAAAUAAUAAUAUCUGAGAGUGAUUUAAAAUACCCAGAUUUCUUAUGUGAUUUCCUUGGAGCUAUGGAAAUGAGUUUAACUUCACAUUUUCAGCUUGUUUUAUAAAUACACUGUAAAUAAAUGUCUUUGAGGCUCAACAUCCCAAGCCAUUGUGAGUCACAGGAAUUUUCCAUACCCUCCGCAUCCCGUUGUACCCCCCAACAACCAGAGUUCAACAUCCUGACUGUAAUAUCUCCAAAUUUCUGAUAUUAUGCCUUAUAAUUUUAUGUACUGUAUACUAGUUAAUCCUUUAUAUGAGUGGUUAUUAUGAUUAUAGGAAAUCCGUUUAGUUAAUCAUAAUAUUCGAUGGAAAGUAAAGGCAACAGAAUUGAAAUGAGCGAUAACAAAUUUGACUGACCAGAAACCAAAGUAAUUCUUAAUUGUCCAUUAGAAUAACUCUUUUAUCCUGGCUCAAUUAACAAAGAAUUACUUUAGGCCGUUAUGUUUUGACAAUUUAUCUUAUCACUAUGUAUUAAGUAGUCAAGAACAAUAUUAUUUUGCCUCUAACAAAAUGAAGAGACAGAGAAGUUAUCUGGUUAAAGUUACACAGAAAUUGAAGGCAGUCCUAGGACUUAGGAAUCAGGUUUCUGGGUUCAUAGGUCAUACUCUUUACAAACACCGUUAGCUAAUCUCCUAUUUCAUAAUUAAUUUACAGUAUGUAUAGAAAUUUUUCAUUGGUUUAGGAGCAAGGAGUCUCUGAAGACAGCAAAUCAUGAGACAAUUUUACACAGAAAAAAAUUACAAUUAGAGUUUUCAUACGAUAUUUAUAUUCUGAUUUAGAUUAUUUCCCAUCAUCUUUUGUUUCUUUAUUAAGUAGAAAUGAAUCCUAAUUUCCAGUACCCUGGAGAUUGUUUAGUGAAUUGAUUGUGGUAAUAUAUUUUAUAAUCUAUAAUUUCUGAAAUUUUCUAGAAUGGUUUCAAUUUUAUUUAUUUUUCCUGGUUAUGCCCAUGAGAACAAAAGCUUUUCAAAGUUUCUGUCCCCACAUUUGAUUAUUAAAAUCCCUAGAGAAUCCAGACUCAACCCAAGAACUUUGACAAACUACACGUUGGUGUUUUUGGACUCAGGCCAGUUUGUUAUUUUUGUUAUUUUUCAAAUAAUAGUGGAUAUUUAGCGUUUCUUAUUUCGUAUCUGAGAACAGUUAAAUUUGUACUUUCAGUAAGUACAAUUCACUGAUUAGAAAAUUAAGAGAAUGUAUGUCUUAGUUUGGUUGUAAAUCAUCAAGGGCUUUCCAGUGGAAAUACUAUGUAACAUUUCUAACUUAAUAUAAAUCCUUUUAUAUGUUGUACAGUUCUGUCUUCCUUCCUUCCUUUCUUUAAGAGUAGACUUGAUAUUGAAAAAUAUAAUAAACUUUAUGAGCCCCUAUGAAUUAUUUUGAAAGAUUUAAAAAUAAAUUUUCUAACUUUCAUUAGUUUUUGUGCGUUCUCUGCCAUGUGGAUUUUCCAGUAACUAUAUUUCUGUAGGAGUCUCUGGGUGGUACAAACGGUUAAUUUGCUUGGCUGCUACCCAUAAGGUCAGCGGUUUGAGUCAACCCACAGAUGCCAUGACAGAAAGGCCUGGUGAGCUACUUCCAAAAAAUCAGACAUUGUAAACCCUAUGGAGCCCAAUUCUUCUCUGACGCACAUGAGGAUGCCAUGAGUUGGCUUCAACUCAAUGGCAACUAAUAACAACAAAUACGCCUGUAACAAUUAGGUUAAAAUAUUCUUUAAUCAGAAUUGUAAUCAAUUCUUCACUGCUGAGGAAGAGGUUGACUGUAUCUCUAGUGCUAAGCACAAUGGCCGAAUUUCACAUCAUUAGGCUGCAUGGAGAUAGCUGCCAAGACUACCAACUCUUAAUGCUACCCUCUUCCAAAUUAAAUCACACUGGCGAUUUUGAGAUGAGUGAUGGAAAAGGAAAAAGGAACGGAGAGAGAAAAAUGAGUGUCAUUGAGAUGUCUUGACUCAAUUCUUAUAACCAGAACUUUCAUAUAAAAAAGUAUUUGUUUUUACAUCAAAGUCAGCAUUAAUGAGACUUUGGAACGUUUAUCCAGAGGCUUAUGAUACAAAUUACUUCUAAAAGGAGGUGCAUAUGUAAAAUUUAUGGGAAGGAAAAUUCAAAAUUAGAAUUUAAAUAUAUCCCUAUGGACUGGAAUACUAAAAUUGAAUCCAAUAGUAUAAAAGUAAUGGGCAUUAAUGCAAAGUUCUAACCUUGGGUCCAAAAGUUAACUACACAAAUACUGGAUAAAAGAAACAAGAUUUAACAGUAGCAUGGGUUCAAUUUCUACACUCCUUAAGCAGCUUCAAAAAUCAUAAGAGAAAUAAACUUCUUUGAUAGACUGUUCUUUCCAACCUUGUUAUUAAUAUAUAUUGAGUAAAACAGGAGAUUCAGAAUCUCUCACUGCUGCUAGAAAAACGCCUUCACAUGAUGGUGGGUUAAUAGCAUGAUGGCAAUAUGAGGUGGUUAUCAAUGCAUGGAAGUCAUCAUAACUCAGCCAUUGACCCUCUUCAUUUCCUGUCACACCUUGGGUGAUCUCACUGGGUCUCUUGGCUUUAAAUAGUAUCUAUAUGGUUAAGAUUUCCAAAUCUAUGUCCCCACCCCAGACCACAUCUUGAACUCUAGACUUAUGAAUUCAACUACCUACUUGAUUUCUCCACUUGAAUGUAUCCAAUAAGCAACUCCAACUUAACAUGUUUAAAACUAAUCUCCUGACUUCCCCAAGUUUGCUCUUAAAUCAGUCUUCCCCAUAGUGGUAAAGGGACACUCCAUCCUUUCUGUUGCUUAAGCCAAAAAAUUUGAACUAAUACUUAAAUCCUAUCUUUGUUCUCAUACCUCACAUACGACCCAUCAGUAAAUUAUUUUGGUUCUACCAUCAGGUUAUUUCCAUAACUAUAUUACUUCUUAUGCUUCCAUUUCAACCACUGUGGUCAAAGCUUCAGUCUUCUCUUGUCUGGAUUAUUGCAAUAACCUGGUAAUUAUUCUCCCUGUUGCUAGCUAUUCUUAUUGUAGCAACUAGAAUGGUAUCAUUAAAACAUGCAACAUUUCAUAUCUCAGUCUCUUCCCACCUCACUCAGGGUAAAAGUCAAAAUCCCUAAAAAGAUCUGCAAAGCCCUACACAAACUGUUCCUGCUACCUCUCUUGUCUCCUCUCGUUUGUGCUCUACCUCUCACUUCUUAUACUUGAGGCAUGCUGGACUCCCCAUUCAUCAAACAUGGCAUAAGUUCCUGUCUCAAGGCCUUUGCAUUUGCUGAUUUCUCUGCCUGGAGUGCUUUUUGCUCAUAUAUCCAUAUAGGUCCCUCUUACUUCCUUCAGAUUUUAUUUAAAUGUUACCUUCUUAGUGAAGUCUUCCCUGACCACACUACAUCAAACUGUAAUCUCAACCCCUCUUGGUUCUUCCUGUGUCUUCCCUGUUUUAUUUUUCCCCAUAAUAAUUGAUUCUAUCCAAUAAACUGUAUAUUUUGCACAUCUUAUUUGUUUUGUUAACCAAAAGGUUGGCAGUUUGAAUCCACCAGCCACUCCUUGGAAAACCUAUGGAGCAGUUCUACUCUGUCCUAUAGGAUCGCUAUGAGUUGGAAUUGACUCCAGGGCCAACGGGUUUGGUGUUUUGGUUUUUAUUUAUCUUCUGUCUCCUUCGCUAAAAUGUAAGCCUCAUGAAGGCAGAGACUUCUGAUUGGUUUGUACACUUACCCCAGCACUUAAACCAGUUUCUGACAUAUAUUUGGUGCUCAGUGCAUACUUACUGAAUGAAUUAAUGAAGGUUAAGAAUAUGAGAGCUCAGGCCAGACAGUUUAGGUGACGAUCCCAACUCCUUUGAUUACUAGGUCACUUUGAGUAAGUUUCUUGACCUCUUUCUGCUUCAAAUUCCUUAUGCGUAAAUAGGGAUUAAAGUUGUUGUUAGGUGCCAUCGAGUUGGUUCUGACUCAUAGCGACCCUACGUACAACAGAACAAAACA